AGCAUGGAGUGGGGCAAUUACUCCGUGUACGAUGACUUUGUCCUCUUGGGCUUGUUCAGCAGCACCCGCUUCCCCUGGCUUCUCUUUACACUCAUCCUCCUGGUCUUCAUGGUCUCCAUAGCCAGCAACACCAUCAUGAUCCUGCUCAUCCACACGGACACGCGGCUGCACACACCCAUGUACUUCCUGCUCAGCCAGCUCUCGCUCAUGGACAUCCUGUACAUCUCCACUAUCGUGCCCAAGAUGCUGCUGGACCAGGUGCUGAGCCAGAGGGCCAUCUCCUUUGCAGGGUGCACCGCCCAGCACUUCCUGUACUUGACCUUGGCUGGUGCUGAGUUUUUCCUGCUGGGGCUCAUGUCCUACGACCGCUAUGUGGCCAUCUGCCGGCCUCUGCACUACCCUGUGCUCAUGAGCCCCAGGGUCUGCUGGCUGAUUGUGGCGGCGGCCUGGCUGGGAGGCUCUGUGGACGGCUUCCUGCUUACCCCUGUCACGAUGCAGUUUCCCUUCUGUGGCUCUCGGGAGAUCAACCACUUCUUCUGUGAGGUCCCCGCCCUGCUGAAGCUGUCCUGCUCGGACACCUCAGCCUACGAGACAGCCAUGUAUGUCUGCUGUAUCCUUAUGCUGCUCAUCCCCUUCUCAGUCAUCUCUGCCUCCUACACCAGAAUUCUUCUCACCGUGCACAGGAUGAGUGAGGCCGAGGGCCGGCGCAAGGCUGUGGCCACCUGCUCCUCCCACAUGGUGGUCGUUAGCCUCUUCUAUGGGGCCGCCAUGUACACCUACGUGCUGCCUCACUCCUACCACACCCCCGAGAAGGACAAAGCUGUGUCGGCCUUCUACACCAUCCUCACACCACUCCUGAACCCCCUCAUCUACAGCCUGCGCAACAAGGAUGUGAGCAUGGCCCUGCAGAAGGCUCUGGGCCGGGGCCGGGGUCCGAGGAGGGUGGCCGCCUUCUGA